AUGGCGCGAGUCUAUGCGGAUGUGAAUCAGCAAAUGCCCAAAUCAUAUUGGGAUUAUGACAGCGUGAACAUAUCCUGGGGUGUGCUAGAAAACUAUGAGGUUUUAUUUGUUUAUCCAUUAGGUCGCGGGAAAUACUCAGAAGUUUUCGAAGGGAUAAACGUGGUUAAUUACCAGAAAUGCGUUAUCAAAGUCUUGAAGCCGGUGAAGAAAAAGAAGAUCAAGAGAGAGAUCAAGAUCCUACAAAAUCUGUCCGGUGGGCCCAAUGUUAUACCUCUAUUAGAUGUCGUCCGUGACAGCCAGAGCAAAACCCCCAGCUUAGUUUUCGAAUACGUUAACAACACCGAUUUUCGAACGCUCUACCCCCGAUUUGUCGACUAUGAUGUGAGGUAUUAUAUCUUUGAACUACUGAAGGCUUUGGACUUUUGCCAUAGUAAGGGCAUAAUGCAUCGAGAUGUUAAGCCCCAUAACGUCAUGAUAGAUCACGAACGUCGAAAACUCCGACUUAUAGACUGGGGAUUGGCUGAGUUCUACCACCAGGGAAUGGAGUACAAUGUCCGUGUCGCAUCGCGGUAUUUCAAGGGACCAGAACUCCUUGUGGAUUUCCAGGAAUACGACUAUUCACUCGACAUGUGGUCGUUGGGGGCUAUGUUUGCCUCAAUGAUAUUUCGGAAGGAACCUUUUUUCCACGGUAAUAGCAACUCAGACCAGUUGGUCAAAAUUGCAAAAGUCCUGGGUACAGAUGAGCUAUUUGAAUACCUCGACAAGUACGACAUCGAGCUUGAUCCUCAGUACGAUGAAAUCCUUUCGCGUUUUCCCAAAAAGAGCUGGCAUUCAUUUGUCAAUGCCGAAAAUCAGAGAUUCGUCAGCUCUGAAGCUAUAGAUUUCCUGGACAAAUUGCUCAGAUAUGACCAUGCUGACCGUCUCACUGCUCAAGAGGCAAUGGCACACCCAUACUUCGCCCCUGUCCGAGCCGCCGCGGCCCAAGCGCUCUAG